AUGGCGACAACUGAAGCCCCGCCGCCCAUGGGGCUGACACGAUCCCGCACCCUGACAAAUAGCGCGGCCGAGUUUCUCGAGCUUCGGAGUGAUGAGACUAUCGGAGCUGAAUUGGCCGAGCUGUCACCAGAAUUUGUGCCAGAACUGGAUCGAUUCGUCCCGCGUGAUGAGGUACUGCAGCAGGACUACUUUGCCGAGUCACAGAAGCGAGUAGAAAAAUUCAAGGAGACACUGGCACUAUUCCAGAAGAACCUCAUUGACCGAAAAGUCGACAAAAAAUAUGAAAUUGAGAUCAAAGAUGCAAGCUCCUACACCUUGGAAGAUGUUCUCAAGAUUGCAAAGGUUGUCCAGAAAAAGCAUAGCGAUGCAGACCAGGUGCAUAGUUGCAUGGGACGACUUAAAAAGUUCUUCCAUGCCACCGGGAGGAAUGCGACUACGUUCAAAAGGCUUCUCACCUUUGUGCCGGACGAUGUUUAUGGCUCCGUAAUAUGCGGAGGGUUCACUGUCAUUCUUGGUACCUUGGAACGCCUAGAGACUUUGCGCACCGAUAUGUACAUGGCCCUCGAUAAGAUCCCAACAACUCUUGGACGGUUGCAUGAGCUCCUCGACGUACACUAUCAAUCGCCCAAGUUGAAACACUAUGGUGAUGGUCUUUUGGUUGCCGUGUUUGUUCUCUUGGAGCUCAUCGUCAGAGAGUUAUCAGGAAGCGCAGCGAAAAAGAUAUUCAAAGCCCCAUUUCGCGGUGGUCGGUACGGCUACACAAUUGAUGAGGCAAUCAAGUCUCUCGAGGAAGCCGUGAGAGAAUUCGAGAUUGAAGCAAGGAUCUGUGAUUCUCAGCGCCUAGGUCAAGUGGACAUUGUGACAAGGAGAACAUUAUUGACUGCUGCGCGCGUCGAAACAGAGACAAAGAAGACAGAACAGGGACAAGUUCUUUUGACCGCUGACUAUCACCUAGAUCUCACAAACUUUGCAAGUCGGCAAGAACACUUUGCGCAGCAAUUCAGAGAAGACCAAGCCGCCGAUAGUCAGAAGAUCUUGGCGAGUACGGAAGAACUACGUGACCAGAUAAAACAAAGCCAAAUUGAGCACCAAAGACACGGUGCUCAAGUACAUCAGGUUUUCUAUUGUUUCCUGACGUCUAGUCCGUCGUUCGACUCCAAGACUGGUACUCUGGACCGAUAUCAGGCUCAGCGACGUCUGAUACGGGAGCUCACUCCUGGCUCCUCGUUUGAAGUCGAUGACAAAGAGUCUGGGCCGAUGCCUUUUAGCGAGACAGCAAAGGCUUUAGUUGACUCGUGGAAUAAAGUCACGGGAAAUGCAAAACAGGUCGCAGAAAAUGAUCUGCAACAGGCAAUAGGAGAGAUCACUGCAAAGGAGCAUGAACCGGCAGAGCAUAUUCGUGUAGAGCACGACCGUGUCGGCUACAUUCUCACCUCUGCAGAAUUGAUGGCCUGGCUUCUGGCUGCCGAGUCUUCUCUUCUGGUAGUACAGAGCAAUUCGGAAACUGGAGAAGAGCAUACAUCUUCUUCUUAUAGUUCUGCACUACUUGUCGGCGUUAUUCAGAAGAUCAACCAAUUUCCCGUGCUCCAUCAUUUCUCAGCAACACGCGCCGCCGCACCAGACGACCGGAAGCUGAGGGGAGCAGCCGGCCUUUAUAUCUCUCUAAUUACGCAGUUGUUGGAUCAUCUCCAAAGCCAAGGUCACAAUGUGGAACUUGAUUUUCUAGAAAGGGUCAUCCGCCAUCUCAAGAAAGGCGAGCGAAAAACUCGACAACUUCGUCGGACCUUCCAAGAGCUGGUUGACAGGCUUCCAAUUGGGUCAGGACUCUUCAUCAUCGUGGAUUCGCUUUGGAAGCUGCAGGACUCUGAGAGCGAUGAAGAAGUGGAACAUUUACUGAAAUUGGUCAAGAGUGACGCAAGGCAAAUCAAAUUGUUUGUGACAGACGCAUUGUCAUUGCGCAUAAUCGACCCUCUCACGGCUUGGAUGAAGAAAACUCAACGCCGCGCGGAAAAGAAGGACCUUGCUACACCAAAGGAGAGAGUUUGUGUAUUGGAACCUCCUGAUGAUGUGGAUGGCUGCCACACCGACUUUAAUGUUGCUUGGAUCAAGGAAGAACUCCAAGGUUCAGUGGAGAAAGCGAACCUGUCACGGUCUGGAUCUUCUGUUGGCAGUGGUGGAGUCUAA